AUGUGGCUCUACGCUUCUUUGGCAGCGCUCCUUGGGAUGGUGGGAAUGCCGCACGCGCAAGCUGCAACGUGUUCCGUGGCAGUGGAUGCUCGGGUGGUGUCCACCACGGAGGAGGCCUCGGAACUUAGCGAGGCAUUGCUCUGCUCGGGAGCUGGCGAGUUCGAGGUUGAGUGGCAGGGGGAAGUGUUGCUUGAGCGACCGAUAUUCAUCUCCAAUGGCAGCUAUGUCAAGGUUACGGGGGCUAGCGCGGGGGAGGCAGUGAUCGACGGUGGCGAUGCCGUUGUGCUCUUCAACGUCAACGAUGGUUCAACGCUAGAGCUCGAUGCGCUGUCCCUCGUGCGUGGGGUGGCUACAUAUACCGCGACCUACUCCUAUGGGGGCGGCGGGGCGGUGAUCCUCAGAAGCGACGACUGCAUACUGACUGCCUCUAGUUGCUCGUUUAUCGGCAAUAACGCGAUUGACUCCGGAGGUGCCAUCAGUUCGAGGGGCAGCAACAUCACCCUCGAUGGCGACACGACUUUCGCGGACAACAGUGCAGGGGAAUUUGGAGGUGCUAUCUACCUGACUACCGAUGGUAGCAUCACCAUCGAUGGCACCACGGCUUUCACCAACAACAGUGCUGGGAUUUGGGGAGGUGCUCUCUACGACAGCGGCAACGGCAUCACCAUUUACGGUACUGCGACUUUCGACAACAACACUGCCGAAGAUCGGGGAGGUGCUUUUUAUGCGGAAGGAAACGUUGUCAUCGAUGGGGUCAUUACUUUCUCGGGCAACACCGCAGGGAUACAUGGAGGUGCUAUCUACUCAUCAGAAAAUAACAUCACCUUGGAUGGCGAAACAGUUUUUGCAUACAACGAGGCAACAUUAAAUGGAGGUGCACUAUUCUUGGGUGGAGCGGACAUGGACUUGCGAGGAACGACGCAAUGGGUCGGCAACGCCGCCGGUGGUGACGGAGGCGCACUGUAUAUGGAAGACGCAGCGACAUCAUUUGCGUUGUCCCGUGUGGACGCAUCUUUCACAAACAACGCAGCCGGAGCCGACGGAGGAGCUAUAGCAGUCACAGGCGGCUCUUCUUUGUCCAUCAGCGGGCCGAUACCAUUUCGAUACAACAAAGCGCAAGAAAACGGAGGUGCCAUCGUUGUACGAGGCUCGACAGUUGUCACCGAAGAAGGGACCUUAUUUGAUGGCAACGAGGCCAAGGGCGGAGCAGGGGGCGGUGUAUACUGUUCAUCCUCUUUGGCGGCUUUCAACGGGUCCGUUUUUUCUGCAAACGAGGCCUUGUGGGGCGGAGGCCUGGCUUUGUUCUCCUCUGGAUCGUUGUUCGACGACGACGAUCCCGGCUCGGGGUCUGUGAAUGCGACCAUGUGCGUAUUUCAAGGGAACAGCGCUGUCGACGGGGGCGCCAUGUACAGUGCCGCAGGGUACGACGGGAUCAAGGACUGUCGGUUUGAGGACAAUUUGGCAGUGGGGUCAGGCGGGGCUUAUCUCCACUCCGGAGUUCUGGUGGAGCUUGACCGCAGCACCUUCGUCGGCAACAGAGCUCGAGAUGCUGGUCUGGCUGUUCAGAGCCUCGGGAUUGCUGGGAACAUCACCGACACCACCUUCGAGUCCAACACAUACUACUGCUCUUCUGGACAGUAUGGAUAUGAGUACGAGAUCGGUGAAGACGAGGUUUCUGGCACCUGCCGUUUUGGCGUGGUCUGCUCAAGCUGCGCAGCCUCGUGUGAAGAUAACCCGGGAAGCGUUGUCGUGGUCAACGACGCUCAUGUACCGAUCUGCGAAACGGCUAUGACGGGGGUCGACACUUCUGGAGACGGAGGCGUGACACUUCCAGAGCUCAACCUUCUUCGUGGCUACUACCGCACGUCUGCCGAGAGUCAAAACGUCCUGAAGUGCUACCAGGAAGAAGCUUGCAUCGGGGGGACGGAUGUCAGUCAGUACUGUCAGGAGGGUUACCGUGGAGCAUACUGUGCUGUGUGCGAUGAGGGCUACGCGUCCGGGUAUCAGUUCAGCUGCUCCAUCUGCGACGGCGAGAAUUUACGAUCGGCGAUCGGCACAUCGGUAGCCCUGUUUUUCGUGGCGCUGGUUGGUAUUGCCCUGGUGAUCGCCGAUCUUGUCCGAGUGGUCGAUGAAGUCGAGCCCGACACGGCUUCGACAUGGGGAAAGAGGCUGACGUCCUGUCGAGACCGAAUUGUAAAAGCUGUUCCACUCACGUCGAUCAAGAUUGUCGUGGUUGCAUGGCAGAUUGUCACUCAGUUUUCGUCCGUGGUGAACGUGGUGUACCCGGACAUCUACGAGAGCUUUCUGGCCGUGCUGAAUGUGGUGAACUUCGAUCUAGGCUUCCUUCUCUCCGUCUCCUGCAUUGUCGACGUCAACUUCUACGGCCGGCUCUUUUUCACGACGGUCGGCCCGCUGGUUGUGUUUGGAGGUCUAGCGGCGACGUACGCCAUAUCCAGGUCCCGUAACCGGCACUCGCCCGCCGGGAUGCAAGCUGCCAAAAGCAAGCAUCUCUCGAUCGCGCUUUUUAUUUCGUUUGUCGUCUACUCUUCGGUGUCCUUCAAUAUAUUCCAAACCUUUGUUUGCGAGACGCUGGACGACGGGGUGACAUACUUGAGGGCGGACUACAGCCUCACCUGCUCGACAGGCGUCCAUACGGCGAUGAUGGCGUACGCCGGCCUGAUGAUCUUGGUAUACCCGGUAGGUAUCCCGACCGUUUAUAGUUGGUGGCUCCUCUCUAACCGACAUGACCUCGUCAAGGUUGGCACCUCCGGCAACUGCUUGGGAGGGGCUCCCAGGUUGGACCACCUGCAGCCCAUGCGGGACCUCUGGUCUUCCUACAAGCCCCGCCGAUACUAUUUCGAAGUGUUGGAGUGCGGUCGCCGGAUAGCAUUGACAGGGCUAGCUGCCUUUCUGUUGCCCGACAGCGCGGCGCAGGUGGCGAUCGAGGUGGUACUCGCCGCCAUCUUCAUGGCGGUGUCCGACGUGCUGUCGCCGUUCGCGGACCCGUUCGAUGGAUGGCUGUAUCGCACCGGUGCAUGGAUCAUUUUUUUCUCCAUGUACCUGGCUCUGCUUCUGAAAGUAGACGCUUCGGACGAGGACAGUCAAAGCCAAGCUGCGUUUGCGAAGGUGCUCAUCGCGGCGCAUGUCGGCAUGGUUUUGGUGGUCCUGGUUCAAGCCGUGCUGUCGGUGAGGAGGGGCCUCGUAACUAUGCGCGACCAGCCGGCCGCCAAUCGGAGCGUCCGUGGGUCAAGUUUCGCGCAGGGUCACGAUGGGAAGACUGGUGCAAGCGAAUCAGAGCCGCAGUGGUCGAAAGAAAUUAAUGGAGCUGCUGGAAGACCCCCGAUCCUAGGGUGAGCACUUGAGCUUUCCAAUAAGAAUCGCCGUCGUUAACGACAUGUUUCCCGAGCGGUGGGUGCGGCAGCCUGCUUUUGCCUUUUGAGUAUCAACAUAUUUCGUUUCCUUUUCUUGUGGUACCAUACAAUUGUAAGGGCCAGUGCAAGUGAGACUUUCGUUGGGGGUUGUAUCUGACUUUAAGGCGAUACCAGGGAAAACAAACAAGACUCGUUCGCCACGUCCCGUCGCUUGUCUUGGUGCGCUUGUCUCGCUUCCAAGCAAUAUACUGUGGUCCUACCUCACGAUAUGUAGGUGUGGUGAUCUGUCCAAGUGUGGUGUCGUGUGGUGUCGACGAUGCGCUUCGUAAUUCUUGCUUCUUCGAAAAUCAUCUCGUCGCGAUACCAUUUUACUCUGCGUCAAUGGGAUCAGUGAAAUGCCCGGAGAUAGCAUCUAUAUUAUAUGUAGUUCGGUAGACUUGUAAGGGUAGGUAUUCCGUCGCCUUGAGCUUUUGUGGGUUUGGUGCGUGCGAUUCGUGUGGAAAUGGUUCGCUAGAAUGGGUCUAUCUCCUGCGUUUUUCUAUUUAUUUCCUGUCGUGUAGAAUAUUGGGCCGUUUGCCUUCGCUCUUCCAACUCAGCACGCGCAGCGGAAGACCUGAGCAUCACGCUGGCCGCGAAGUCUUCUCGUUCUUGGUCCCUGGCUUUCCGGAGAGCUUCCUCAUGGGCUAUCUCGGGAAGCAUGCCAGGGAAUUCCGGCUUCGUUGGUGACGUUCGUUGUCUCUGGUGCGGGUGCCGCAUCCAGUCAUAUCAUCACCAGCUGCGAAAAACCUGAGAUGGCUCUGCUUUUUUCUUGCCACCAUCCUUCUUCUUGGCUUUCUUCUUAGGAGGCAUGGUCGGGGCCUGGAGCAACGUACGUAAAGCGGGUAGCGGGCGGGCGUGAUGUGUGGUGGAUCCGCGAAAACACAAAAACGGACUGGGGCGCGAAAAAUGAUUUCGGAGACGAGCUCCUGUACAUGUACGUGUUAUUGUGUUGUCUGGCGACCCCCCUUUUUGAUCUCGUCCGGCGAACUCCCUUUUUUUCCUUUGGGUGCCGCGUGCCGCACAUCAGCGCACCAUGCCGCAUGCAUUUUCACCUAUAAAUCGCGCCCGCCAUCGGCAGUGACGUAUACAGUAGGAAGAGUCUGCUGUAAGGUAGACACGAUGAUUACGUGCAGCAGCAAAACAUUUUUUCUCGCUCUGUGCAACUCUGUGAGCCUCGUCGCUCUCUCUCGCUUAAAAUCGUUCUGUGUGCUUGUGUACGGCGAUUGAGGACGUGAAGAGCUUGAUCAACCGCACGCGACGCCCUCUGUGAUGGAUUGAUAUGGAUACCCGCGAGCGCUAGCAUACAGUCUGGCUGGCUGGUAGGGUUGUUGCGAAAAACAUGUGUGCGUUGUUUGUGCGCCUUCUUAAACGUGGAGUCGGAGAUCGCCGAUCGACCCACUGAAACUGCGGCCAUCCGUCAACUAACUGGUCGAGUCGAGCGGUAUGGUUGCGUGCCCCUGGGUCGGGAUGGUCACGAACGGUCACCGCCGCGACGGGGGGGACCGAGGUUGAGUGACCGGAGAGAAAUCCGCCGGGGUCAAGUUUUGUAUACGAACUUUGUGACGGGAGAACUGGAAUCAAUCCCUUAGUUUUACUCAAAGGUUUCCCUGCACUUCAGCCCCCGAAAAGCAAUAUAGAAAAGUUGAAGCCGGAGAUUUGAGGCCGGCAAAAAGACACUUCAAAAUCUCUGCACCAACCAAAGCUACAAUCGCCCUCUCGCGGCCAUUGCCUUCGCACACAGCACGAACACAGAAGUGCCGCAUAGUAUGGCGCGUAUCUCACGGUCACAUCUAAUGACAACCCAAUAACAGGCCAAAAAAGAGAGAAAAAACGCGAAAAGCCCAAGGACUGCGCCAAAAAACGAACAGAUUUUACGUUGAAUCUACUGGUGAAUAGCCCGCUGGCGGUGCUUUCGCUGUCGUCUAGCAAGAUCCUUACUUCCGCAUCCGCCAACAUGCCACUCAAAGGAGCAGCAGCAAGCAGCAAACAAGGCGCUCAAGGGCAAAUCCGCGACAGCGUCGAAGGCGGAACGCAUGGCGAGAAUGGCGGCGAUGCUUCAGGAGGCGACCGCGAGGGCAGACUCCGAGCCUUCGGCUUCGCCUCUCUUUCCAAGUUCGACAUCAAGAAGAGCGCGAUCUAAGAAAUUCACGAGCGGAUGUGUAAUCUUCUAUCAGCCACCAGCUGCCCACCCGGCACAUGCAAGAAACAUUGAGAUACGAAUAACUACCAGACGUCCCCGCACUGUGCAAGAUGGCUCCCCGUGCUUCAUGCUUUAUUGUUGCAGCGUGUGUGCGUACCUCACUUUUCGUUCGUGUCUGACGAUGCGUCACGAAUAUAGCACCACCCCUCUCUCCCCACAUUCGUGGACUUCAUCUCACGUAACCCCUCGAACAAGGACUUUUCAUCGUUCACACCCUCAUCGGCCACCAAAUGUGCUUUGAGAGAUUGAGGGUACCCAAAGUUGUCCCUGGUACACAGAUUACUUGAAGUUCGAGCUUCGCUUGCUUUGUGUCUUUUUUUCCAUGUGUAUCUCGGCGCCAUAUCGGUACUAUUCCGAAAUCGGCCAAGAAGGGUACUUAGUUGGUGGGAGGUUACACACGCUAACCCCGUGCUGCUCCAAAAUCGGCGAAGGGAAAGGUACAUGGUUUUAGGAGGUACACACCCAUUGCCGCCCCGCAAUCGGCCAAGAAGGAUACCAAGUUGGUGGGAGGUACACACGCUCACCCAGCUGCCCCGAAAUCGGCGAAGGAAAAGGGUCCUGGUUGUUGGGAGAUACACAGCCAUUGCCGCCCCGAAAUCGGCCAAGAAGGGAAAAUCAUGUCCGCGGGCUCCCCUGUGUUACCUCCCACAACAAACACACACACCGGAGCGCAACGCAGACGAGCAGAGGCGUCGCGGACCGAGGCGACGGGCAGCUGAGGACCACGACUGAUCUGCUGGGAAGACGAAAGCAGCGCAGCGAAGCAGAGACGUCGCGGAGGAGGGCGACAGGCAGCAAAGGGGCACGACUGAUCAUCUUGGGAGACGAAAGGUGCCUACGGGGGACGCGGAGAGAUGCCAUGGAGCGUAUUAUAGGCAGUUUAGAGGGGGCGUUGAAUCGUCCAGCGUAUCAGUCACUUUUUUUGCAUGAUUCGUCCUUACUAGGCCGAAUCGUACACGUAUCAGGCCAUAGUAUUUUCAAGUCUCUUGGCACAGUUCAAGCACGAUUCAUUUUUUUGGCAGCCUGGAGACUCCGGCUUAUACAGUAGGCCGUUAUGAUACAUACACAUACUGAAUGUUACUCGAACCGGUUUGCACGUACGACAGUGGGUUGUUGGCACGGAACAAUCGGUAGAGAGAACAAAAGACACAACGCGAUACAUUCAGGUGGUUAUGGUACUAAUCUACACUGUAUGUACCGCUGGUCACGCUAGAGCCUUCUGGUGCGGGUCAUCUGGAGAUGAGCCGUGGUGGUCAGGAGCCGCACACAAGUUGCGUGCCGUGUAGGUCGCUGGUGCGGCUGGGAUACUGUAUGCGAUCGUUAUGAUAAAUACACAUG